UAUGAUUUUAAAAUAAUUGUCUAACCUUUUUUUAUUUUUUAAAAUAAUAAAACCAAUGCUUUUUAUUGUUUUUAUAUAUUUAUUUAUUAUUAAACAGGGAUUGGGAAUAAGCGACGAUGAAAAUUCAAGUAUACAAUUGGAAUCUAAAUUAAAAGAUUUAUUAGAUUUAGACAAUGAUCAAGAUGACGACGAUAGUAAUAAUAAUAGCAGUAGUGAUGAUUUAGAUGAUAAUUUAAAUAAUGAAUUUGACCAAGAUUUUGCAAAAGCUGCGCUGGCGUACAUCGAAAAUGGCGAAACUGAGAAAAGUAGUAUAGUUGAAGAAACUGGACCUUUUCAACAUUUUAAUCCUGUAGGAAAAAAUGAAGUGAGUGAAAAAAAAGCCAAAGCUAAAGAUAAAGAUAAAGGUCAAGUUGUAAAUAAAAGUGAUGAUACUGAUGAUGAUGAUGAUGAAGAUGGAAAUUUAUUUUUGGAGAAAAUAAAAGACACAUUUUAUCAGCACAAAGUAAUAAUAUCAUUACCGCUGGCAAUUUCUAUUUUAGGAAUAACUUUUUUAGUCAGCUGCAUUUGUACGCUGAUUCUUCGUCGUAAAGUAAUUAAUUGUUUUGGAAAAUGUGUUUCCAGUUGUUGCAGAAAAAAAAAAAAAUCUUGGGAGGAUUUAGAGAAAGGAAAAAAUAAAAAAGUAAGAUCGAAGAAAACGAAAAAAGCGGUGGCGAUUCCGGCGGCGACAGCAGUGGCAACACCAUCAGUAGUUUCAACAUCUUGGCCUCGCGCAAAGUCAUUAUCUGAGGAUUAUGUUGACGUAGCAACACAACACGUUUCUGUAGUUGAGCCAUUACUACCUACAAGGGAAACUAUUAUUGAGACUCCACCAACGGGCUGUUGCAGUAAAAAGAAACGUCAGAAAAAAAAUUAUAGAAAAAAAUAAAAUGUCAAUAGCCAACUUCACUUUCCUUAAUAUUUAAAAAGAAAAACAAAAUGAAAUACACAUUAAUAAUUUAUUUAGCUUCACAUCUAGAUCACGGAGAGUGCAAUCGAUUGAUAGCUGCCCUUCAUUACACGACUUAUGACCUACCAUCUGACAUUUCUGGCGCCGGUAACUCUUUUAAAUACUUUUUUAUUAUUACCCUGGUUAUAAAUAAAAAUAAA